CAAUUUGGUUCCCACAGAUGUUUAAGUUCUUUCAAUUUAAGCAGCAAAUAAUAGUCGAACGUGUCUUUUCCCUUCACAUACUCGUAAGCAAACUGCAACGAUGAUUUAUUCGGCAAAGACGAGUAAAUCCUGUUAACUUUGGGCACAUGUCCAGAUGCUGGUGCAAUAUUAUGCUCUGAGGACCAUAUCCUUUUCCAAGGUAUAUUGCUUUCUUAAUCUCGCUUCUGUUGCACCCUCACGCUUAUUUGGAGUAUUGAAUGUGCCUCAGAAGUACAGAUCUUACCCAAGAUUUUCUGUCAUGGCUGGUGGCACUCCAAUGAGUAGCUCUAACUGUGAUGUGGAUGCUGAUCCCGGAAGGACUUACCAAGUUGUGCUGGCUGCUACUCGUGAAAUGGGUAUUGGGAAGGAUGGAAAAUUGCCAUGGAGGUUGCCUUCUGACCUCAAAUUUUUCAAGGAGCUCACGACAGCCACAUCAGAUCCUGGGAAGAAGAAUGCAGUGGUAAUGGGUAGGAAAACAUGGGAAAGUAUCCCCCUCGAGUACCGUCCUUUACCUGGUCGCCUGAAUGUUGUACUGACUCGUUCUGGAAGUACUGAUAUUGCAACUGCUGAAAAUGUUGUAAUAUGUGGAAGCAUUCCUUCAGCUUUAAAAUUAUUGGCCGAAUCUACUUAUUCUUUGUCGGUAGAGAAAGUGUUUAUUAUUGGAGGCAGCCAGAUACUAAGGGAAGCACUCAAUUCUUCACAAUGUGCUGCCAUCCACAUUACUGAAAUUGAGACAAGCAUUGAAUGCGACACUUUCACUCCCAAUAUUGAUUUCUCCGUAUUUCAGCCAUGGUACUCAUCCUCCCCAUUGGUGGAAAAUCAUAUACGAUAUUCUUUUGUGAGUUAUGUUCGUGUAAGAAGUUCCGCAAUUGAAGCUCGUGCUUCAAGGAGUGAGGAUUCCAGUAAGUUUGACGUAGAAAGGUUUACCUUCCUGCCAAAGAUGAUAUUUGAGAAACAUGAUGAGUACGUGUAUCUGAAAUUGGUUCAAGAAAUUAUCUCUAGUGGCACCCAGAAAGACGACAGGACAGGGACUGGUACUUUAUCUAAAUUUGGUUGCCAGAUGCGGUUCAAUCUUCGCAGAUCUUUCCCGCUUCUUACAACUAAGAGAGUAUUUUGGCGAGGAGUUGUUGAAGAACUGUUGUGGUUUAUCAGUGGCUCAACAAAUGCGAAGGUUCUACAGGAGAAAGACGUACAUAUAUGGGAUGGAAAUGGAUCCAGAGACUUCCUUGACAGGCAUAUUGGUUUGCCAGAUAGGGAAGAAGGUGACUUGGGACCCAUUUAUGGAUUCCAGUGGAGACACUUCGGUGCUAGAUAUACCAAUAUGCAUGCUGACUAUACAAGCCAAGGGUUUGAUCAGUUGUCAGAUAUUAUUGACAAGAUCAAGAAUAGACCUGAUGACAGGCGAAUUAUCCUCUCAGCCUGGAAUCCACAAGAUCUUAAGUUGAUGGCACUUCCCCCUUGUCAUAUGUUCGCUCAGUUCUAUGUAGCCAAUGGGGAGCUUUCAUGUCAAAUGUAUCAGCGGUCUGCUGAUAUGGGUCUUGGUGUUCCAUUUAACAUUGCGUCUUAUGCUUUAUUGACAUGUAUGAUCGCUCAUGUUUGUGGCCUAUUUCCUGGUGAUUUUAUUCAUAUAAUUGGGGAUGCCCAUGUUUAUAAAACUCAUAUCAGGCCUCUACAGGAGCAGCUUCAGAAACUUCCCAAACCUUUUCCUAUUUUGAAGAUCAAUCCAGCAAAGAAAGACAUAGAUUCAUUUGUGGCAGCUGACUUUGAACUUGUAGGCUAUGAUCCUCACCAGGAGAUAGAAAUGAAAAUGGCAGUGUAGAGGUUUAAAAGGGUAGUACAGUACUUUCGGCUAGUUUUCUCCCUUCAAAGCCCAUGCUAGUUUUGAGGUACCCAUUUCUUAUUCUGGAGAGGCAUCUUUUGCCCUAUUAUCCUGUGAGUGUUGCGUAUGUGUGUUUGCUUGUUGGUUGGAAAGGCGCUCAGAAAUUUUAUUUUGCAAUUUCAAGGCAUAUUCAAAGUUAUCGAUUAAACCCUUGGAAAAAAGAGGAUGAAUUAAAAUAUAAAUUUGAAAAUAUGA